UUUCUUAGAAAUUCAUAAGGCCAUAUUGAAGCCAUAUUAUUCUAUAUUGACACUGAAAGCAGAUAGUAAUCAAAGAUAUUAUAACUUCUAAUAGUAAUCAAUACACAAUCGGUGUCGUAAUUAUAAAGCAUCGAAACUUCAUUAAAUAAUAUUUUGUACAAAUUAAAUAUUUAUAAAGGUUACUAAUAAUGUCGCACGAACUGGAAGUGGAGAUGCGGUCCCAAAGUAUAUCGAUGUUGUCGGACCUGGGCAGCACCAGUGCCGCGCGGGCUCGGUGGCGCAACGCAGCGCUGCACGAGCGGUGCGACAUGAACGACAUGAGGAAUAUAAAGGCGGCCUUCCAAGUAUCAUUCAAUAACAAAAUGACUCCCAUCGAGUUCAGGGACCUACUGAAAAAUCUCCUGGACGUGGAUUAUGACGACGAAGUGUUUAAUAUAAUGUUUAUGAAGAUAAACACCAGUCGCACUGGUGAGAUCGACUGGGACGAGCUGGUGUCACACCUGAUCCUCGGUUACCUGGGAAACGACUCAGAGAACCAGCGGGAGUCCUUGCAGCCGCCCAUCAUGGGGCUGCCUGUCAUCAUGCGCUCGGAGCACAGGCACCCCAUAUCUAGGAUAUGCUUCUGUCCCGACGUCGACAAGGAUCGCUGCACGGACCCGAUGCAGGGCAUGUACAUUACCGUGAGCCGCGACGGCAAGGUUAACUGGUGGUCUCUGGACAUGAAGCUGCUGAGGACUGCCUACUCCUCGAGCCCGCAUCUGAGAGUCCGCACAACAUGGGUGACGGACAUGGUGUGCAUGCCCGACGUGAACAUCAUCGUCACCAGCUCCACCGAGAGAGACCUGCGCUUCUACGACUCCACCGCGAAGAAUUUCACUUUGAAAAUAAUAAUCACUAGCUGGGAGUAUAUGAUCUGUACGAUGCAUUACCAUUUUAACAAAGACGUAAAGGAGCAAUGCAUAUUGGUGUGUGGCGACGUGGGGGGGAACGUGCGGUUGCUGCUGUUCUCGCCCAUCCUACGAGGGCCCUUCCAGAGCCAAGCUGGUGUAGCAACGAUAUCGCUGCGACAUGUGGAUUUGCAGAAACGGCCUUAUACGUUACCGGGCCUACGCCUCGUCGAGUUAGGCCGCGUGCACGGAGAGUGGGUGCGGCAGGUGUCGUACUACGUAUCGCUGCACUGCGUGGUCUCCUGCGCCACCUGCAGCGACUCGCUGCUCAUGUGCGACGUCCACGGCUCCAAGACACACAACAUGUUUAGGGUAGAUAAGGGGAUUCAAUGUUUCGCAUUUGAUGAGGAGGCACACAUAUUGGUGACGGGAGGGCCGGACUGUGUGGUCCGGGUGUGGAACCCCUUCGUACCAGCCAAAGCCAACGUGUUGUUCGUGGGGCACCACGCUGCCGUGACCUGCAUAGUGCUGCAGAACAAGGGGCAGACCAUCUACUCGCUGUCACGUGAUAGAACUAUUAAAGUGUGGGAUGUCCUUAGCCACGCGUGCGUUCAGACGUACAUCGACAUUCCUGCUGUCGUGGGCGAGCGUACGCCUAUAUCAGCGGUGUACAACCCCGCCACCCGCGAAUUCAUCCUGGCCUGCAUGAGAAUAGCCGUCAUAGUGCUGGAUGAGCAACUGAACCCGCUGCACACCGACGGGUUCACGCACGCGCGGGCUGUGUCAGCAAUCCUCUACAAUCCGCUGUUCAAAAUUAUCAUCACACUCGGCAUGGACAGCAUUAUAAUCAACUGGAAUCCAAUAACAGGGAAACGUAACGUAUUGAUCCGUGACGCGCACGUGCGCGUCGUGCAUGGCGAGGUGAUUCCGGUGGAAAUCACCGCCGCCUGCUUCGAUCCAGGAUACCAACUGCUGCUCACAGGAGCCAGGAAUGGCGAGCUCAAGGUGUGGAACUUCAACACCGGUUCAUGCUUGCGAGAAUUGUCCAUUGAGCACAUGUGCGAAGUGACCAGCUGUUUUUGGGUGGAGGGAAGGAUCCUGGCCAUCGGUUGGAAUCGUCACGUAGUAGAGUUCGACGACACGGGCAUGGUGGACAGCGGCAAGACGUGGGAGACGCGGCACACGGACGACGUGAUGGCUGCGGCGGUGCGGCCGCCGCUGUCGCUCGCCACCGCCAGCUACAACUCCGAGCUGGUGCUGUGGAAGCUGGAGACUGGCCAGCCCUACAGGCGGUUCUUGUGCACGGAGCCUACGUUACGCAUCAAGAUGGUAUACAACAAGCGAGACCUCGUCAGGCCGCCCGCUGUGGCCGCCACAGAGAAGAUGUCGCAGAAGAACACACGCGGUACAUUACGUAAACCAGCAGGACCGACUUGCAUUCGUGACCCAUGUAAACAAGUCUACGAACAGAAUAUGCGCCAACUCGCCGUGCACGCCAUGGUCUUCCUAGAGACCCGACCGCACCAUUCACAAGUCGCAUCACUAAUGCUCUCCCUGGAGAAUGGCAAGAUACAGGGUUGGUCGGACCACUCGGCGGGCGGGUACCAAGGAUCCUUCCAUGCCGUCCACUCGGAGGGCGACUACGUGUCCUGUCUGGCCACUGACGUCGCCAACGAGUUCCUGUUCACCGGCAACACGCGGGGGUAUAUUAAAGUGUGGCUGAUGACCAACUACUUCACCAAUACAACGGAGCACAUCAACAUGCCGCGGCUGCGCCUGAUGUUCCCGUUCCUGUGGCGGGACCGCAUCGAGGGCCGCGCCAAGCGCAGUGUGCGCGACCAGCCCAAGCCGCUGCUGCUGAACAGCUACCGCGCACACCUCCGCUGCGUUACUGUUGUCGAAUACGUCGACGAGCUUAAACUUCUUUAUACCGGCAGUUCAGACUACAGCGUCCGAGUGUGGCGUCUGUCAGGCGAGUACUUGCAGACACUAGGCAGCUUCCUGCCGUGGACCCUGGAGGUACCGCGGUUCCCGCCCGAUGUGAGGAAGGUCGCCAGCUUCACCACGUUCAAGGUGUGGCGCAGCGGCCACGUGUCGCGCUACGUGCCGGGGCAGAAGGUGGUGGACAAGCUGCGCGACAUCACAGAGCACGAGCUGCAGACCAAGACCUUCGGCCAGGCACCCGACGAGCCGUUGCUUGGGAAGUACUACGCUCUGCCGGUCAGACCUGAGCGACAAGAUAAGAUCGUACUGGACGACUCAAUGGUUACGGUUCCGUUGUUUGCCCACCUGCGUAUGGCGUCCACGCAGCCAGUGCGGCGCCCGCCGACCCCAGAGUUGGUUCGCCAGACUCGACUGAAGCACCAGUUGAAGAAGGCGCAGCACCAUCCGCAGACGCAGUUUCACAUUGACGGCCCGUCACAUAAUUCAUCAAUCACGGCACAUAAUUCAUCAAUCACGGCACAGCCAACAAAACGCGUGUCGCUGCAAGCCCAAGAGGAAACCCCCGACCCGUAACCGUACGAUAAUGUGAAAUAACUUCGAAACGACAGGAAUAUUCGCUUUUCUUCAAUAACGUUGUCAUCGAGUGUGUAAGGAAAAUCGCCACAUCCUCCUAUACCGCUGCAACUCCUGUAAUCCAGGAUCUACAGUAGAUACAACCAACAACUAAAGUACAAUAUGUCGAUACUGAGAGUUCUCCCAAGUUGGCGUCAAGUAAGGGGCCCGGGGAUGGUAACUGCUGACAUGUGCCGAGACCGCGGGCGAGACGCACAAAGUUAGUAUUUGUUCAUGUCAUUAGGGAUCUCCUUACACUCAUCUUAAAUCUUUAAUUUAACUUUAAAUUUAAUUACUUUGACUUGUUACUGUUAAGUUACCUACGACAAACUUUACUACUGUUUUGUUAAGUACUGUUACUUUUAAUUAUCCUAAUUUGUAUUGUUUAAUUCCUCGUGUAUUUAUAAUAGAUACAUUUCACGGUAACUUUUUAUUAUUAAUUGC